AUGAAGACCCUAGACGACCCCCAAGUUCAAUUCCAGGAUCUCCCCGCCUAUACCGUCACCAACGACAACCCGCAGCCUGAAUCUUCCAAAGAAGACGCUGCCAACGCUCCCCAGCAGCCCCGAGUUGUGGACGGGGACGAAGGAGUAAACGGAGAAAAUACCACCACAGUCGACUGGGUCGAUCCUACGAAGCAGGAAAAGAAAAAGAAGAGGAGCAAGAAACCCAAGAGCAAGCGUGGAAAGACCAAACCUACUGGUUUCGAGGAGUACUACGUUGAUGCACCUAUUACCCCCGAGCAGUACAGCCAUGAGCGGGUGAUUUACGAUGGGACUAGGCCUAUCAUUCAUCGCAUGGAAGAUGCCAUCUUGCGUUUCCAGAAGAACCGUCGUAUCGAAUCGGACCGUCGGGAAAUAUUCACCAAGUACCUGGCAUACGGAGGCGUUGACGUCGGCCCUAAGAUGUUUGGCGGCGUGGAUGACCACGAUCUCAAGGAAAUGGACAACGAGGAGAUCCUUCUAACCAGAGGCCAGACAAGUAUUGCGCAGGAGCGAGCUGGUUUGGAGAUUGAUUUCAAUGCCGUGGUCAAGGGUUAUCUAACCUCGUACUUUCCAUACUACUUCAACCCCGAAUCCGAAGACAUGAUCAAGAUGGCCACCGUCACCAUCCGCAACUUUCUCUCUUACCUCAUGUACCACGACGUCUGCCCAGAACAUAAUGCGAAUAUCGAUGAGGCUCGCAAGUCCUGUGACAUUGCGGGCAAGGAACUCUGGCGCAACCAGCAAUUUACUGUGAAAUCCCCCGGUGACUUCAACAAGGCAAGCUCGACCCUUUUCGGUGGUUUCUUUUACGAUACCUACGUCGAAGACGACCAGUGGUCGAACCCUAAAGAUGAUACGGUGCGCAUGACCAACGACAUCGCCCGUAAGGUGGUCAAAUUUGCCCUAGUCGGCGCCGGAACCGACGAACAGGCUCGCCGCUUCCAGCAACUUGCCAACGAGAACAGUCUGCGGGCUAUGCGAAUCGAAGAUAUCGACGGGUUCGAGGUGACGGCCGUGGUAAUGCCUGACGAUGACACUCGGGAAUUCUACGAGCACCACGCUUCUGAUCUGCAUCCCAUUGGAAGACUACUGGGUAAAUCGUAUCGGGACCCCGGUAAACCUGUGUACGACCUCAGUCCUGAAGAACGGAAGGAAUGGGAGGCAGGAAAUCAGCCCGCAGAUGAAUUUGAAUUUUUUCUCGAGGAGGAUUUGCUGAAGGAAUGUUAUCCGGGUAUGAAGGUGAUUACUUCGGUCUUUGAACUGAAUUGCGGAUUGCAUUUCUUUGAUGAAAUCCUCACGGCAUAUGGCUCGAUUUACACAGUGCUAGCAAAUGAUCUCAUGCUCGGAUGGAAGAAGCCAAAGGAUUUGGUGAAUAGAGUGUAUAAUAAUGACGAGGAUGAAGAUGGCAAGGGUGAAUCUAAAGCAAAGAACGAGGAGCAGGAAGCAGAGGAUUGCAUCUGAACAGCCAAGGCGAGAUAGCAUAUCACACAAAGCAUUCAAUAUAAUCAUGGCCGUAAAUAAUACCUAUGUGCAAAUUCAUGGCUUCAAAAGAGGUUUGCCUGUAGUCUUACGGCCCUCCAAAUCGAUAUGAGCCUGCGCAACUUGCUCCAACGGAUACACAUUGUGAACCUUGACU